AACAGUUAGCCAUCGUAGCAUUUUUCCCACAUCUGUAAACCUGAUUGAAUAGAAGAAUUAUAAACUACAGAAACUCUCAUUCGUUACUUUUCGCAAAAUUACCACCGGCAGCUCCACAUUAAAGUAAAAAGUAACGAUAGCGUGGUUGCGUCCGCUAGCCACUAAAGCUAAUCGUUAGCUAACCUAGGAACUCUCGGUUUUCUUGUGAAUUCAGGUAACGCAAGUGUAACACAAUAAGACAAUGGACCACUUCGAAACACCAUACGAAGAGGAGGCUAACUUUAUUGAGUGCAAGGUCUGUGAAAAAUCCAUAAGGGGUGAUACCUUGUACAAGAUACACCUGACUGUACCAACACAUAUAAAGAAAGAGGAUGACCUCAUUGCUUCGGGGCUUGCCGUCAGACGCAACUUCGUACCAGUAUUUGAGGACAUAUUCCAAUUUCUGGAUUACUUAAAGCUUGAUGAGGCCAUCAUUGGUUUGGACUACUUAGAGGAGCUGUCUUGGAGUGACCCACAAUCAGGCCCCAGAUACUCUUGUACGCUUUGCAGUCAUCAGAUUUCACACCUACAGGUUAUAGUCCUUCAUGUGAUUGGACGUAAACACCGGCUGAAAUAUAUGGAAACGAAGAGGCCUGAGUUGCUGACCCGGAAUAAACAGUUCACAUUGACCCAGAGUGGUAAGGCUAUACGAGCCAGAGCAGAGAUAAUCGAGAGACAGGAUGGACGAGGAACUCCAGUGAUAAUUGGGAAAAAGGGGAUGGAGAGAAAAUUAAACAUAUCGAGAGUUCCCCAAAGGCAAGAGCAUAACAGGGACCAAACCACCUCACAGAGUUCAAUGCAGCUAGAUGUGCCGUCACACCGCCCAGGACUGAAGGACCAUCAGGACUCUCACACACAGAGGCCUCCUGCAGGUUACUCAAACUCACCCCCGUUCCAUCCAGGAGACCCUCACAUAUCGAACAGAGACAGACCGAUGUACCAGGAGGAGUACUCUCUCAGACAUGGCCGCAUGGACGAGGAGCUGCAGAGGACAGAUUACAGGCAAAGUGAAAUGCACAGACGAGAGUAUCUGGACCCUGACUUUUGUGCGGAGUAUGAAAAUACUUAUGUUGAAGAUCCACCAAGAAGAGGCGCACCUGAGCCCGUUGGUGGUUUAAGGUAUGAUUCAAUGGAGCAGAUGCCCCAUCACCAGAAUGUAGAGCAUUACGCAGAAGAGCCCCCUCCUUACAGAAGAAAUCCCCAAGAAAAAGAUCAACUGAAGGAGUUCUACACUGAUGAAGUCGGGCGUAGCCAAGGUCAUGCCGAGUACCAACCCUUGCAGCAGGUGUACCAAGAAGGCCAUGAACAGCGAGGGUCUCUAGAAAGGGAAUCUUGUGGAAAUAACGGUAUGAAUAGAGCAGGCAGGGAAGGAUCCUGGGAACCAGAGACCAAGAGGAGAGUCCAACCCACACCUAUGGAGAGCGGCCAGUCGCAUGACCAUUUGUUUAACACAAUCAUAGAUUAUUGUCAUGAAAUGGGAGAACCACAUCAAGUGCAGGCCGGAGGGCACAGCAGAACCGGACCUGAUACCUCCCAGAGGGGAGUCGAACCUGCCGUAGCCUUUUCUGAAAUCCCUGAGCCGUUCAAGCGUUUCCUGGCGGGGGCGGCUAAUGAUGAGGGCCACGAUAGAAGAAAAAGAAAGAGUCGCUUCACUGAUGCCACUGCCGAGGAGUUUGAAACGACAAAUGAGAUGUUCAACGAUGAGUAUAGACCUCCAAAUCCAAAGUUUGGUGGUCAUCCUAGACAUGUUAGACCGGAAAUCCAUCAACUUCCUGACAACAACAUCGAAUCACAGAGCCUACAAUAUACUGAAGGCUAUCAAAGAGGUGGCCCAGAGUCAAGCGAUGUCUUUGAUAUGAUGAAAAACAUUGAAAUUGAAAAUGCUGAAGAGGCUCACUUCCUGAAAAACAAACUCUGCAACCUUCUGAAAGACUUCAAGAACAAAAAAUCUGCGAAAGUUGUGCAAAAUAGCCAAGGCAGAGGAUCCACUUCCCAAGACUACAACAGCCUUAGCCCAGGCCGAGAGUUGUCUCCAAGACACCAGUAUGAGACUACCUUCAGAGAAGAUUCAGACCGGAGGCGACCAGACGACCUCUUCUUUCAAGAAGAUCACAGAGGAAGAGACUGGCAGCAGCAUGAGCUUAUCCCUGACGUGCGGACUCAAGAAUACCACCAUCCUGUACGCAGGGAACCGAGGCGGUCAAACAGAAGCCGCUAUGAAGAGGUCUUUGGAUUGCCCGGGCAAUCUCGGACACUUCAUGCUAACCAUCCAGAUGAGCCAGCACGCUAUCCUGAAAGGUUUCAAGAACCCAUGAACCCUCAUGAUUACUUACCUGCCGGCCAGACAUUUUUGGACCCCUACAACUCUGCUCCUCCACUCCACAUGGAGCGAGAACCUAGGAUGGACAGGGGCCCUCGGUACUCCAACAGCCUAGACAAAAUCACCUCUACCCUUCUGGAACUGGUGGCAAGGAAAUAAAUUCCAUAACAAUCCUGUAAACUAAACAUCUAUGUGUUCAUUGGGAUACUUUGAUUUGAAAACAUGUUCUGAUGUUAAAUGUC